GCAUGCCGGCUGGACCAAUACCAAUUGUAGAACGAGAUAGUCAACUGGUUAGCCCGGAGUUGCGAGCCUGGAGGGAUGAGGUAAACCAACGUAGGGGGAGGGUCACGGUUAAAGCAUUGUGUGAACGGAUGCAACAGUUGGAAGACGGGGGCAUGUGGUUCAAAUUGCAUUUCAGUAUUGUGGUGGUUACGACACUGGUUGCAAGCACUCCGAAUGGGUAUGCAAACCAGAAAAUUGUUCACAUGUUAAGCAAUGUGGACAGAAUUAAAGACCUGGACUGGUGUGGGUAUUUGAUUCAAUCGCUAGUUAGCACCCACCGGAGCUGGACUGAGGAUUCGAGUCGCAAAUUCAUUGGCCCACUUCUCUUUUUGUCUCUAUUGUAUUUGGAUAGAGUUGCGGUGGGCAUGCGUGAGGUACCAAGGACAGUCCCGUUGGUGGCGGUGUGGACCACUGAUUUCAUCAAGGCGCGUGAGUGGAGUGAGCUAACUUCAGGGGGCUUUGGGCAGGGUCAACUGGAUGCACCUCUCCGGGCAUCCGGUAAUAACAUGGGGUUUGCCACCGAGUUCGCAGUAGCCGCCGGUGAGUUGCGCUCGUGGGUUGCACGGGUGGUGGGUCUGAUUUCUCAGCAUCCAAGCACAGCUCGGGAAGACUGCACUUUCCAAAUUGUGGUGGAGUCAAACAAACUGCUGGAUGGGGUUGUUAACACUUCAGUCAAUGCAACCGUGCUUGCAUCCUCGCCGCCUGCCCCUUCAGGAGGUCGCAAUGAAGAAACAAUGUGGAAUGAUGAGGAGUUCAUACGGGAGCUCGACCAGGCCGUGCUGGUGGCUACUGGGACAGGUGGCAUGUCUGAUUUGCCGACCGGCCGAGGUGUUAACAACGGUGCCCGGACGAACAUUGCUGCACCAUCUCGGCAGGUAGGCUAUGUGUGUGGUACUAAAAUUCCUUUGAACCCAUAUCAACAACUGGGUUUAUUAAAUGUUUAGUUGAUUCGUGGUGUUGAAUAAUUUGUGAUAUUUAACAUGGAAAGUUAGUUUGUUAUAUUAUGUGAGUAGGUAUGUGCGUUUAGAUGUUUAGGAAUCCUUGAAUAUGUGUUAAGGUGUUUUUAUGGUGGUUUAAAAGGAAUAAUUGUACGCAAUCUGAUGGUUGCCUGAUAAAAUUCAG